AUGUGUGACCAGCAGCAGAUUCAGUCUUACAUGCCAAUCCCCCAGUGCUGCAUCAAGGGUUCCUCCUUCACCCCCUCCCCAUCUCCCCGUGCCACAGGCCAGGUAGUGGUCCAAGCUCCUUGUGAGGUACAAAUUGUGGAAUGUCCGGCACCAGGCCCAGUUCAAGUUUCCCAGGCUCCAUGCCAAGUUCCAUGCCAGACCACCCAGGUGAAGUGCCAAGCUCCCUGCCAGACUCAGACCACUCAGGUGAAAUGUCAGGCUCCGUGCCAGUCUGAGGUUUCCUAUGUGCAAUACGAAGCUCCGGGCCCCAUUCAAACUUGCUAUGUAGAAAAUGCUCCAGUUUGCUAUACAGAAACCUGUUUCGUGGAAUACCCAGUCCAGUCCUAUGUACCCUGUCCAGCUCCACAGCCUGUCCAGACUUACAUAGAAUAUUCCCCUGUGUGCCAGACUCAAGGAGGAUUCUCCAUGCAGCGCCAAUAUCUGGGCUCCUAUAGUAGCCGCGCCCCGCAGCCCCAGUCGGGAGCGUCUUACAGCCGUUGCGCCACCCAGAUGCAGUCACGGGCGUCCUACAGCAACUGCGCCCCCCAGAUCCAGUCUCGGGCGUCCUACAGUAGCUGCGCCCCUCAGCGCCAGUCCCGACCUUCAUUUCGCACUUGUGCACCCCAGUACCAGGCCCAGGGCUCUUAUGGAAGCUUCACUGCGCAGCGUAGGUCUCAGAGCGCGGGCAGAUGCCUCCCUCCUCGUCAACUGCAGCCUUCUUACCGCAGCUGUUCUCCACCACCGCGUUGUGGGCCGGACUACAGCAGCCGCCUUCCAUCAAGAUACGCUCCGGAUUCCUGCAGCUACUGCACACCGCCCCGCCGCUCCGAGCCCAUCUAUCACAGCGGCUGUGCUCGGGGUCGCACUCCAGAACGCUCUAACAAAUGUGGUCCCAAGUGCCGAUUAGAGAUUUCUUCCCCCUGCUGCCCCGCGCAAGUCCCCCCACAGAAGUGUCCUGUUCAGCUUCCUCCCAUCGCACGCUGCUCCAAGAGCUGUGCCCCAUGGUCCUCCUCUGGUGCCUCUUGCCCGGACCUGAGGCGACGUGAAUUCCCAAGUUCAAGCUUCUGUCCACCACGCCGUCUUGACCAAUGUCCAGAGCCUUCACUGGAGAGAUGCCCACUGCCUGCCCCUCGGCCAUAUUCACGACCAUGCCCACGCCCAGAGCGGUGUUUGAGUCCAGAACCUCGCCCGUGUCCUCCACCUCGCAGGCUUUCAGAACCGUGUUUAUAUCCAGAACCACGACCAGCACCACGUUCAGCUCCAUGUCCUAAUCCAGUUCCGUGUGAGCCCCCAGAGCCACUUCCUCAGCCAUGUGAUCACCCAGAACCUUGUCCACUUCCAGAGCCAAUACCCCUUCCAGCACCCUGCCCAAGUCCAGAGCCAUGUAUGGAGCCUCGGAGCUAUCCCAAUCCAUGCUCAGGCCCUAAUCCAAUUCCAUGCCCACAAGACCUAGGCUGUCAUGAAUCCAUUCCACACCACCUGGACACUGAGGUGCCCAGCUGUGCCCCAGCUGGUUACAACCAGGAAAGAGAGAGUGGUGCUGGCUGUGGAUCCAGUGGUCUGAGUGGAUGCCAAGACCAAGGAGAUGCCUGUGUUGGAGUGAAAGGUGGGGCUUAUACUGGAGUAAAGAGUGCCUAUUUUUAA